ACGUUUUGCUAUAACGACCAAAUUCCUGUAUCCACACGGCUCAGACAGUAAACUCAAAACUCAAGUGGUUCUGCUUCAAUCUCCUUCAACAGUCUCUCCUUCAACCGUGUGUCUUAAUACAUUUCACACGUAUUUCUCUGAUUCUUCCUCUCAUGGCAUCCACUGUAACAUUCUCAAUCUCUUCACCUUCUUCUUUCACUCUUACACGCAAACUUUACACACCAUUUUUCCCUCAAAAACUUUACUUUCAAAAACCCAUUUCAGUCAAGGCUUCUUCAACUUCUCUCGAUUACUCUACCCCCUCAGUCCUCGAAAAAAAAGGGGCCCCAUUAAAGACUGGCAAUUGGCAAUGGAAAUUCAAGGAUAGUUCUAUCAAUAUCUAUUAUGAGGAACAUGAGAGGGAGAGCUCUGACUCCACCAAAAAUAUCCUUAUGAUACCAACAAUUUCAGAUGUUAGCACUGUUGAAGAAUGGAAAUCUGUGGCUAAAGACAUUGCUCAACGAGAUGGCAAAGUCAAUUGGCGUGCUACUAUUGUUGAUUGGCCUGGUUUGGGUUACUCUGAUAGGCCAAAGAUGGAUUACAAUGCUGAUGUCAUGGAGAAGUUCGUGGUUGACUUCAUCAAUGCGCCAGAUAGCCCUGUAAGCUCAUCAGAAAAUGAUUUGGUGGUCUUUGGAGGGGGCCAUGCUGCCACAAUAACAGUUCGUGCUGCAAAAAAGGGUUUGGUGAAACCCACAGCCAUUGCUGCUGUUGCACCCACCUGGGCUGGUCCACUCCCCAUUGUGUUUGGUCGAGAUUCUAGCAUGGAAACAAGAUAUGGACUGUUGAGGGGAACCUUAAGGGCUCCAGUUGUAGGAUGGAUGAUGUAUAACAUGCUUGUUAGCAACGAGAAGGCAAUUCAGUCCCAAUAUAAAUCUCAUGUCUAUGCAAAUCCUGACAAUGUAACUCCAGGCAUUGUAGAAAGCAGAUAUGCCCUUACAAAACGGAAAGGAGCCCGUUAUGUUCCCGCUUCUUUCUUGACUGGUCUGCUCGACCCUGUUAACUCACGAGAGGAGUUCCUGGAUUUGUUUGCGGAUUUGGAGGGAAAAAUACCGGUUCUGGUCGUGUCAACAAAGGGAUCUCCAAAGAGGUCAAAAGCUGAGAUUGAAGCACUUAAAGGAUCCAAAGGGGUCAGCAAGUUUGUUGAGGUUCCAGGUGCUCUGUUGCCACAAGAAGAGUUUCCCACAAUGGUUGCAGAGGAGCUUUGCCAGUUUCUGCAAGAGAAUUUUGAAGCCAGGGCUUGAUGUCAACUAAAUUCUUAUUUGAUUUUUUUUUUUUUCCUAUAAAUUUCCAGUCUAAAGUGAUUUUGCUUAGACAAAACAAAUUUAUUACUUCAAAGAGGUUAAUGUAUUUUAUAGGUUAGAUAAAGAAAUGAACAGAAAAUAAUCAAAAUUUUAUGA